AUGGGGUCUGAAGAGGAUGAUGAAACCUUUGUGCGAAGGAAUAAGUUGCUGCAAGAAGCAAUCACCAAACAAGUGAUGGAAGCGAUGGUGAAGUUGCUGGAAGAGAAGUAUGAUCAGAGACCGAAUGAUGGGCAAGGACAAGAGACUAAGAAGAUUCAAGUAGCUGCUACCGAGUUCAAUGAUUAUGCAUUGAGCUGGUGGGAUCAGUUGGUUACAAACAAAAGGCGCAAUGGUGAAUUCCCCAUUGAAACAUGGGCAGAGAUGAAAGCUGUGAUGCGCAAGAGGUUUGUACCAAGUCAUUAUCACCGUGAUCUUCAUCAAAAGCUGAGACUGCUCACACAAGGAUCAAAGUCGGUAGAGGAAUACUUUCAAGAGAUGGAGUUGCUUAUGCUAAGAGCUUGUGUAUCUGAGGACAGUGAAGCUACUAUGGCACGUUUUCUUGGUGGACUCAACCGUGAGAUACAAGAUAGAGUGGAGAUGCAACACUACUUGGAGAUAGAGGAGAUGCUACACAAAGCUAUCUUGGUGGAGCAGCAAGUUAAGAGAAGAAGUUAUGCGCGUGGUAGCUAUGGUUCCAGUAGAUACCAGACCUCUAAGGAAGAUAAACCAAGCUAUCAGAAGGAGAGCAAACCACAGCCAAAAGAAGAAUCCAAGUCUAGUAGCAUCUACAACAAAGAUAAGGGUAAAGUGGAAGCUACAAGCUCGCGUGCAAGAGAUGUGAAGUGUUUUAAGUGCCAAGGGCGUGGGCACUAUGCUAAUGAGUGUACUAACAAGAGAGUUAUGAUUCUUCUGGAGAAUGGAGAGUUUGAAUCUGAAGAUGAAAAACUCAGGACUGAUCAAGAACUAUCUGAAGCUGAGUAUGAGGAGGAACCAGUUCAAGGUAGACUUUUGGUUGCAAGAAGAACUCUCAGUUUGCAAAACAAAACUGAGGAACAAGAACAAAGAGAGAACUUGUUCUACACACGUUGUAUGGUGCAAGGGAAGGUCUGCAGCCUGAUCAUCGACGGUGGAAGCUGUGUUAAUGUCGCUAGCGAGACAAUGGUGAAGAAGCUUGGUUUGAAAGUUCAAAAGCAUCCUAAACCUUACCGGCUGCAAUGGCUUAAUGAAGAGGGCGAGAUGAGGGUAUCUACUCAGGUUUCUAUACCCUUGUCCAUUGGGAGGUAUGAAGAUGACAUUCUCUGUGAUGUGAUACCCAUGGAAGCCAGCCACAUACUACUGGGAAGGCCUUGGCAGUUUGAUAGGCGUGAAUACCAGGAUGUAUUUCCAGAAGAUAAUCCCAUAGGUUUGCCACCUAUUCGAGGGAUUGAGCAUCAGAUUGAUUUUGUACCAGGAGCUACUCUUCCCAACAGACCAGCAUACAGAACUAAUCCUGUGGAAACUAAGGAGCUACAAAGACAGGUUGAGGAACUGAUGGAGAAAGGCCACAUCCGUGAGAGUAUGAGCCCCUGUGCUGUGCCUGUGCUCCUUGUGCCUAAGAAAGAUGGGAGCUGGCGCUUUGUUGUGAGUGCAGAUGGAGUAAAGGUAGAUCAGGAGAAGGUGAGAGCAAUUCAAGAAUGGCCAAUUCCAAAGACUAUAAGUGAAGUGAGAAGUUUCCACGGCCUUGCUGGUUUCUACAGGCGGUUUGUUAAAGACUUUAGCACUAUAGCAGCUCCCUUGACUGAAGUGAUAAAGAAAGAAGUCGGAUUCAAGUGGGGAGAAGCACAAGAGACUGCCUUCCAAUGCCUUAAAGAGAAGCUUACUCACGCCCCUCUUCUUAUACUUCCUGACUUUAAUAAAACUUUUGAAAUAGAAUGUGAUGCCUCAGGAAUUGGUAUUGGUGCUGUAUUGAUGCAGGAGAAGAGACCCAUUGCAUACUUCAGUGAGAAGCUUGGAGGCGCCACCCUCAACUAUGCAACUUAUGAUAAAGAGCUGUAUGCCUUGGUGAGAGCCUUGCAGACCUGGCAGCACUAUCUCUGGCCUAAAGAAUUCGUCAUACAUACAGAUCAUGAGUCUCUCAAAUACCUCAAAGGACAGAACAAACUCAGCAAGAGGCACGCAAGGUGGGUUGAGUUCAUUGAGACAUUUCCUUAUGUCAUCAAGUAUAAACAAGGUAAGGAAAACAUAGUUGCUGAUGCACUAUCCAGAAGACAUGAUGGUUUUCUUUUCUAUGAUAAUCGGUUGUGUGUGCCUAACUGCUCUUUGAGAGACUUGUUUGUUAGGGAAUCUCAUGGAGGAAGUCUCAUGGGUCACUUUGGUAUUGCAAAGACUCUUAAAACUUUGCAGGAUCACUUCUUUUGGCCUCGGAUGAAAAGAGAUGUGGAGAAACUAUGUGAGAGAUGUGCAACUUGCAAGCAAGCCAAGUCUAAGGUUCAGUCUCACGGUUUGUAUACUCCUCUCCCUAUACCUUAUCAUCCUUGGAAUGACAUAUCUAUGGAUUUCAUUGUUGGCUUGCCUAGAACUAGGACUGGAAAGGAUUCUAUCUUUGUGGUUGUGGAUAGGUUCUCAAAAAUGGCACAUUUCAUAGCUUGUCACAAAACUGAUGAUGCAUUGCAUAUUGCUAACUUGUUCUUUAAAGAGAUUGUGCGCAUACAUGGCAUGCCUAAGACUAUUGUUUCUGAUAGAGAUACUAAGUUUCUUAGUCAUUUUUGGAAGACUCUUUGGUCUAAGCUAGGUACUAAACUCUUGUUUUCUACUACUUGUCAUCCACAAACUGAUGGACAAACUGAAGUAGUUAAUAGGACUCUUGGAACACUCUUGCGUGCAUUCAUAAAGAAAAACUUGAAAUCAUGGGAAGAUUAUUUGCCUCAUUGUGAAUUUGCAUACAAUCAUGCUGUGCAUUCUACUUCUAAGUUUUCUCCUUUUGAGAUUGUUUAUGGGUUCAAUCCCAACUCUCCUUUGGAUUUAAUUCCUUUACCUGAGUUGGGUGAUCAGGUCUGGAUUCACCUAAGAAAAGAGAGGUUUCCCAAUGAAAGGAAGUCCAAGCUGAUGCUGCGGAUUGAUGGACCUUUUGAGGUCAUAAGGAAGAUCAGCAACAAUGCCUAUAAACUGGAUUUGCAAGAUGAACCAGAUUUGAGGACAAAUCCUUUUCAAGUGGGAGGGGAUGAUAUGAUCAUGGAUCAGCUAGUUGAUAAAGAUGAAGAAGGAGAGACUGAAGAUACACUAGCUGAAGAGGAAGCGGUCCUAGCCAUUCCCACAGGUCCUAUAACUCGUGCAAUGACAAGGAGACUCAAGGAAGCUGUUGGAAAC